AUGAUCAUAUUAUUAAGCCCUGACUAUGGACAUUAUAUUAAUAUUGCAAGGAAAUUAUUAGAUAACUUUAUUAAACAAUUUGAAAUACUGUAUGGAUGUCAUCUCAUAUCACAUAAUGUUCAUGGAUUAAGCCAUAUUUGCGAUGAUUAUAUUAAAUUUGGUGCACUGGAUAAUUGCUCAACGUUUCCUUUUGAAAACUACAUGAGUACUUUAAAAAAUUUGAUAAGAAAACCAGACAAGCCGCUUAUCCAAGUGGUUAAGAGAUGUAAUGAAAUAAAUUUGUUAAAACCCCAUUUUCAAAAUGAAACACCGCAGCUUUCCAUUUUUCUGGAUCUCAUAAAAAUGGACCACUUACAGAAAAUAUACAAGGAUACCAGUUCACCACAUUAA